AUGGAUACACAUGGCCUGGCCAUCAGUCAGUUUCCAAAGGGGGUGCCGUCCGGCAAGUCCGUUUGCAACGAGACUGUCUCUUGGCGUGUAUCUUUCGUUCUCAGUGUACGAGUUGGGUUGGCGGCUCAGACGCGAUCUCUCGAUAUUGGGACCAGGCUGCCGGGGAUGGAAGACUUUGCUCUCCGGGUCCCACCAUCAUCAUCUUCUUCACCAUGGUAUCUUACGGCUGAGCUUGGCGGAGAAACGGAAGUCUCGAUACUGCGAUUUUACGUUUUUCCGAUGACUUCCACCUUAAUCUCCUCAAUCUUCUCUUCUUCUAUCUUACCAGCAGAAAAUCGCGGCCGGGUUCGAAUGCCGGGGACUUCAAUCUCUGGAAUUAACAAUGCUCGCGCAUUGAAACGACGCCGUUCCAAAAUCGUCGCCAAAUCACUCGAUCUUCCGCUUCUUCCUUUCAGCAUGAGCGAGGUUCUUGUCCCAACGGAGAGUAAAACGCUGCAUUUGUAUGAAGCAAGGUACUUGGCUUUACUUGAAGAGUCGAUGAAAAGAAAGAAGAAUAUGUUUGUUCAUUUCAUUCUUGAUCCUAUUUCGAUUAGCGAGACAGCAACAGAAGCAUCCUUUGCUGCUAGAUAUGGUUGCUUGGUUAUCAUUGAAAACGUUGAGAGAUUAGACAUCGGUGCACUCGUCUCCAUAAGAGGCGCUGGCCGCGUAAAGAUUUCUAGGUUUUUAGGGGCAGAUCCUUAUUUGUCAGGAGAAGUCAGACCAAUACAAGAUCGUCUGAAUAAUGAGAGCAGCAAUGAAAUAACCUCAAAAAUCUCCCAGCUAAAGGAAUCUAUUAAGAGUCUCAACAGCUUGGAGAUCAAACUUAAGACUCCAGAAGACUCUCCGUUGCAAACCCGUCUCUAUAACUCCCUAAACUGGGCUGAAGAUGAAACACCAGUAGAAUUUGACGAAUCAUUCUAUCCUCCCCUUCAAGAACGUGUAUCAUUCGCUGCUUUUCAACCCGUUUCCGGAUCGACUCAGUCGGAACUAUCAAGGUUACAACAAGAAAAAUUAAAGGCAAUGGAUAUGAAAGACACAAUAGAGAGGUUAGAACUAUCAAUGGCACUCAUCAAGGAGAACAUUUCCUCAGUUGCAGCCAAACUCGCCAUCCAAUAUUUGGAUAUUCGUUAGACUAUAGUAGUCUCUCAUUGUAAAUGUGUGUUGAUCGCCCAAAUUAGUGAAUAUACUCUACAGCCAAGAAAAAUGUAUAUUCUACAACAAUAAAAUAAAUCACCUUGAAGGUUAGGCUUCCUCUUCAUUCCUAAAAAAUUACACAUUUA